GAUACUGGAGUGGAAAAAGGGGAGGUUACAGCUUAGAGACUUUUCCAGGGAAUUCAUACUUCUCCAAAAUCAGACCAUGAGUGUAGUCAACAUUUGACAGGCUGAGAAAACAACAGUACAAAGACAGAGGACCAGAGCAAACCCUUUUUCUUCUACCCCGGACUCUUUUGCAGCAGGAUCAAGACUGCGAGGGGAAGUACAGGAUCACUUCUCUACAGUUUUCCUGUUCUGCUUUCUUCUGGGACUGAGUUUGGAGAGUGCUGCAGGAAAAGGACUCUUACCACCACUGGUGGAUUAUUUCCCUGACGCGUCUAAUGUUGGAAUUCAGCCCAAGGCUAUAAGAUUGAGUGCUGCAUUACUGGAAGUAGGGUAGACGUCAGGAAGGGGGCAGUUAGGAAGUAAGGCAAGUCUCCUCCCCACCAGCUCAGAAAAAACACCAUUCCCUGCCUCGGAAAUACAGAUAGGGACCAUAGCUGAGAGACAGAGAGCCUCAGUCACCAACGAUCUCACCUGGACGAUGUCAUCAGCAGUUACAACCACAUCAGGUGGCCUGGUGGUGGUCACCCAGGUGUACCCGUCUAAUCAACCCCAACCCCAGGAAGUGCCGCAGGCGGGUCCGGGGACGCAGAGGUUCAUCCAGGCAUACCCACUGGCUGUUGGGACGGUUCAGAUCAUGAUCGGCGCCUUUGUCCUCUUGUUCGGUGUUGUCAAGGCGAUUCAGGGGAUUUCUCUUGGAGUGGUCAGUGGCUUCUUUGUUUGGGGUGCCGGCUUUUACAUCACCUCUGGCACGCUCACAGUGGCUGCUGGGAAAUCUCUCAGUCGCUGUCUGGUCAACACUGCUUUGAGUUUCAACGUGGUUUCCUCCGUAGCAGCAUUUGCCGCCAUCGUCCUGUACAGUUUUGAUGCUGCAGGACUGCUCGAUCGCUGUUGGAGAUAUGACUGCACGAUUCUGAGUCAGGGUUUUUCAGGGGUCCUGCUGGUGUUCCAUAUCUUGGAGUUUGCUGUUUCCCUCACCGUCUCUAUCUUUGCCUGUAGAGCUACCUGUAACUGCUGUGACAACCAGCAACAUCCAUACGUCCACUUCACGCCUGCCCAGGCUCCACCACAUACUGGACCUGCCACCAUGGCUGUACCACCACAACAGAUUUCCAGCUUCCCAAAACCCAUAGAGAACCAGGACCAGAUUUUCCCUGGGCCCAAUGAACCUCCGGCCUACACUGGCUGAAGAAUAGACCUGCUUUAAAAUAAAAUCACAUGAUGACAACAUGCAGUGAACAUGUGAAUAACAUGAUAAUUACAUGAGACAAAUAUAUUAACCCUUAGAGCUCACGCUGCACAAAUCCGUGCUGCAGGCACACCCUUUUGUAAAUUGCUUGGUAACUUUUUAAACGUAAGUCGUAGGCACUGACUUGUUUUUUCCUGUAAAAGCUCUCUGUUUUGCCUUUCUUCAUGUCUUCCAUGCAUUUGUAGCUCUUACAGAACUUUCUCUUGUGAGCCUGGAACUUGGCCGACUCUCCGGGGUCUCUGAGGACAGCGUUGUUGUCUACAACAGGAAGUGACACAGUUUAUAAAAAUGUUAGUAACUUUUUAAGCGUAAGUUGUAGACUCUUUGUUUUCCUCUGAAAGCUGACCAUUUUUUUGUUCGUUCGCUACCAUCGAUGUCUCCGUACCCCUAAAGGGCGCCGCUGUAGCGAGUCCGGGACUUCAGUGACUUUUUGGGGUCUUUGGAGAUUAAAUCCACAUCUGAUAAAAAGCAUCUUCUUAUCCAUUUUUAAUCCAUAUUGUAAUGAAGUUCCAUUAUAAUCUACAUUAUCAGUGUUUUAUAACCAUAUAAGGAGUUGUAGAAGUUAUUUCUGAUGUUUUUCCACUGUUGCUUCGUUAUGACACCAGCUGUGUGCUUUUGCAGAAGAAUCUCAUCUUAAUCACAUCCUGUUAGCACAAACGGUUGACCCCUUCCAGAUAAUGAACUUUGCUCUUAUCUUCUCAGUGCUUGUGUAAAACUGUAUGUAGAUUUAUGCUGUUACUAUUAGGUGUGAGAUGUGAGGGAAGGUGGGAAGGAAUGCAACUCAGAUGUGCUUUGUAACAGGAAGACUGCGGACUCAAAGACGUGCAACCUGUUAAUCAAAGUGAAGACGUUCUCUUCUCAACUCCCUAAAAAGGGGGCUGUUUAUUCGUCACUAGUUUCUGCUUUGCACAGACUCUGCUGACUUAAGCAUAUGCCCACUUAUGAAAAAACUGUAACCAUGCAUCCUUAUAUAACUGUGCUUUAACAAGAGGAAGCUGCAGUUCUCUGUAAGCUGCUCAUUCUUUGCAAGUAAACUUUUAAAAGACA